AUGCCUCUCCCCGAGCACUUCACUCUCAACACCGGAGCCAAGAUUCCAGCAGUCGGAUUCGGCACAUGGCAAGCUGCCCCUCAUGAGGUUGAGCAAGCUGUUGAGGAGGCAUUGAAGCAGGGCUACCGCCAUAUCGAUGGUGCUGCUAUCUACCGCAAUGAGACGGAAGUCGGCUCUGGCAUCAAGAAGUCUGGCGUGAAGAGAGAAGACAUCUUCCUUACAGGAAAGCUUUGGAACACCAGCCACAGACCUGAAUAUGUCGAAAAGGCAUUGGAUGCGUCUCUCAAGGACUUGGGCACAGACUACUUGGAUCUCUACCUGAUGCAUUGGCCUGUGUGAGUAUUUUGGAAUCGGCUUUGGAGUGAGCUCAUCUAACGUGUUACAGCGCUUUCGCCCCCGGCAGCAAGUGGUUCCCUCUCGACGACGAAGGCGUCUUCAGGCUCGAUGACGUUCCAGUCGAAGAGACCUACAAAGCCAUGGAAAAGCUCCUCUCCACCGGCAAAGUCAAGGCAAUCGGUGUCUCCAACUUCAACAUCCGCCGACUCGAAGAUCUCCUGAAGAAGACGACCGUCGUUCCUGCCGUCAACCAAAUCGAAGCUCACCCGUACCUGCAACAACCAGACCUGCUCCAAUACCACAAGGACAAGGGCAUCCUCGUACAGGCCUACUCUCCUCUCGGAAACAACCAGACCGGAGAGCCCAAGACGGUCGACGACCCCAAGGUCCACGAGAUCGCGAAGAGCCUUGACUUGAACCCCGGUGCGCUGCUGGGCUCGUGGGCGAUUCAGCGUGGCACUGUCGUACUCCCAAAGAGCGUCACGCCCGCUAGAAUUGCCGCGAACCUGAAAGUCAAAGAGCUCCCACAGGAGGCCUUCGAUGCUCUGAACGCCCUUGAACGACACAAGCGAUUCAACUUCCCGGCGCGCUGGGGCGCGGAUAUCUUCGACGAGGCUGGGGAGGAGCAUGUGAAGAAAGUCGCCAAGGAGACUGCGGCGGAGAACAAGAGCAAGUUCCAGAUCUAG